AUGUCGAAUCGACCUGACGAGGAGGAAGACGACCCUUACAAUGCACGCAUUGAACGCACAGGCUGUGCCCAAGAGAACGAAGAUUUACAGCUCUGCUUUUAUGACAAGAAGGAUUGGCGAUUAUGCGCAGAGGAAAUGAAGCGCUUUCGAGCAUGCUUUCAAGCCAAUUCGAAGAAUGCCGGCAGUCGAGAAUUGAGAGAAUCCCAACAACAACAAGAGAAGCAAUGA